UCAGGUUUUGGUGAAGGGAAGAAAGGAAAGCAGAAUCAGCAGUGAUGUUCUCCAGGUUGCUGAUAGCUCUUUCUCUCAUUCAUGGUGCUUUGCAGCUGGCAGACAUUGAAACAUUUUCAAUAUACAAUAGGGUCAGCAAGCUUUGUCUUCAGGCAAACAUUGUGCAGUCAGUCAGAACUGCCACUUGCCAUCAAGACAAUGAAUCACAAAAAUUCAGGUGGAUCACUGAUCAUCAGCUUAUGAGUGUGAGACUGAAGCUUUGCCUCGGGGUGCCAGCAAAGGAGGAUCAUGCUGUGAUCACCCUCUAUCCCUGUAAUCAAACGAGUGAGCUCCAGUGGUGGGAAUGCAGAAAUGAAAGCCUCCUUGCAAUCCAAGGAGAAGAUUUGUUUUUCAGUCCUGGCAAUGAAGAACAUGAUAAUGUUUUUUUAAAGAAGGGCAUGAGUGCAAAGAAUAUGUGGAAUACCUAUGGGGACAUGAAUGUUUUAUGUUCCCGGGGAUAUGAAGAGACUUUUACACUGCUAGGAAAUUCUUUUGGGGCAGCCUGUGUGUUCCCUUUCAUGUACAAGAAGCAGUGGUACAGUGAGUGCACGGACGUGGGCCGCUCAGAGGGGUGGCUCUGGUGUGCAACCACUGCCGACUAUGACACAGACCAGCGGUAUGGAUUUUGCCCUUCAAAAAAUAUAGACACGACCUGGGCUACAGAUCCAUCAACAAAUGUCCAUUACCAAAUAAACUCUGAAUCAGCUCUCACAUGGCACCAAGCCAGGCAGAGCUGUCAGCAGCAAAAUGCAGAAUUACUGAGUAUCACAGAUAUUCAUGAACAAACAUACCUUAAAGAAUUAACAGAAGGUACAGAUUCUGCACUGUGGAUUGGACUCAACAGACUGGACUUGAGGAGUGGAUGGGAGUGGAUAGGAGGAAGCCCUUUCCGGUACCUAAAUUGGGCUCCAGGAAGCCCCUCUCCCGAAUUGGGAAAGCUCUGUGGUGUUUUGAAUCCUGACACAAAAGCUAACUGGCAAAACUGGGAAUGUGACCAGAAACUUGGUUAUGUUUGUCAGAAAAGACACUUCACUUUGGCUCCCUCAGGAGACAUUGGGCCUAUUACAUGCCCAGAUGGAUGGAUAGCAUAUAUAGAUCACUGUUACAAGAUCUUCAGGGAGAAUAAAAUUUGGGAAGAAGCUUUGACCUCUUGUCAGAAGGAAGGGAGCCACCUGGCCAGCAUCCAAAGCCUUGAGGAGCACAGCUUUAUGGUGUCUCGUCUUGGCUACAAGCCAACAGACAAGCUAUGGAUUGGGCUGAACGAUCGUAAAGUUCAAAUGUAUUUUGAAUGGAGUGAUGGUACCCCAGUGACAUACACAAAAUGGCACCUGGGAGAACCAUCCACCUCAAACAACAGGCCAGAGGAUUGUGUUCUGAUCAAGGGCCAGGAUGGCUAUUGGGCAGACUAUACCUGUGAGAAGAAAGCUGGCUACAUUUGUAAAAGAAAACCUAUAGCACAAGUAUCUGAAGAAAAGGAAACUACUGAUGCAGGUUGCAAGAGAGGCUGGAGAAGAUAUGGGACCUACUGUUAUUUUAUUGGACAUGUUCCAGCAACAUUUUCAGUAGCAAACACCACUUGUGGAGGGGAAGAAGGUUAUUUAGCCACAGUUGAAAGUAGGUAUGAACAAGCUUACCUGAUCAGCCUUACUGGGCUGAGGCCUGACAAAUAUUUCUGGCUUGGUCUCUCUGACAUGGAGGACCAAGGCACUUUCAGGUGGAUCAAUGGUGAAGUUGUCUCCUUCACACACUGGGGUGCAGCAAUGCCUGGAAAUAAGCCAGGAUGUGUAGCCAUGAAAACUGGGACUGCAGCUGGAUUAUGGGAUGUUCUUGACUGUGAGACAAAACAAAAAUAUAUAUGCAAGCAGUGGGCAAAGGGUGCAACAGUUCCACCUAUUCCGAGUACUGCUCUAGUCCCCACAUGCCCUGAAGGUUGGAUACCAAAUGACAGUUCUAAUUCAUGUUUUAAAGGUUUCUGCAGAAGAAAUAGUCCAAAGAAAUCAUGGUUUGAAGCCCGAGAGUUUUGUAGACAAAUAGGAGGGGACAUGGUCACCAUUAACAGUAAAUACGAGAUGUUAGUUCUUGAAAGAGCAAUGCUUGAUUCUAGAUGUAGUUUUAAAGAAGUUUGGCUUGGUAUAUUUUCCUUGAAUCCAAAUGAAGGAUUUGCCUGGAGUGAUGGCUCUCCAGUUAGGUACACAGACUGGGAUGAGAAAUCAAGAAAUUUAAGAGGACACAAGUUCUGUGGCGUAUUGAAUGAGAGGCGUUAUAAAGAGAAAUGGGAGCUUUGGGUCUGUGAAGUACACUUUCACUGGGUUUGUCAAAUAAAAAAAGGGGUACCAUUAAAACCUGAACCAACCAACAUGUAUGCAUAUAAAACCACUGCAGAUGGAUGGGUCGUAUAUGAAGAUCAUCUAUACUAUAUCAGCAAAGAAGAUGCCUCCAUGGAAGAAGCCCAGGAGUUUUGCAGAAUUAAUUCUGCAGACCUGGCUGUUGUUAAUAGUAAUAGUGAGAGAAGGUUCCUAAGGAGAGCACUAAAGAAAAAUGAAGAUUCCUGGAAGGAGUCAGCAUAUUUCAUUGGUCUAAAAGUGAGUCUUGAUAAAAAAUUUAGCUGGAUAGAUGGCACUCCAGUAACCUAUGUGGCUUGGGCUCCUAAUGAACCCAACUUUAGAAAUAAUGAGGAAAAUUGUGUGGUUAUGUCACCAGGGUAUGGCUUGUGGAAUGAUAUAAACUGUGCCUCCCCUAAUCGAUUUGUAUGUGAAAAACAUAACAGUUCUAUUAAUUCAACAUUUGCUUCUCCAUUGCCUCCCGGAGGAUGUCCAGAAAGUUGGCUUUUCUUUAACAACAAGUGUUUCAAAAUAUUUUCUUCAAAUACAACAAGGAAGCUCAUGUGGCAUGCUGCUCGAGAUGCUUGUAUUGAUUUGGGAGGAAACCUGGCUACCAUACAAAAUGAACAAGUCCAAGCUUUCCUCUUCUAUCACUUAAAGGAUGCCAUGACUGAUGUUUGGAUUGGGUUGAAUGAUGUCAACCAAGAAUCCAUAUUUCUUUGGACAGAUGGAAGCACUGUUUCCUACACCAACUGGUUUAAUGGUGCACCAGAAAAGAAGCAAAGCUUCUUCGACUAUUAUGACUGGGAAACGUUAACAGACAUUACUGUGGAGACAGAUUGUGUCUUCAUCAUGAAGUCAGAGGGUAAAUGGAGAGAUGACAGCUGUGACAAUGAGAGAGGCUACAUAUGCCAGAUGAAUUCUCUUACCACCCAACCUGAAGUACCAACAACAAAUCCAUCCUCUGGCUUUGUCCGUUAUGGUGACAGUAGUUACUCAGUCAUUUCAUCUGAAAUGCAAUGGGAAGAGGCCAGGAAAAAUUGUCAAGACCAAUCUGCAGAACUUGCCAGCAUUCCAGAUGCCUACAUCCAUUCAUUCCUGUGGAUCCAGAUGUUGAAAUAUGGAAAACCUGUAUGGAUUGGUCUAAACAGCAACAUGACUGGUGGCUAUCACAAAUGGACAGAUAACUGGAAAACCAGGUACACAAGAUGGGCAGCUGGAGAACCAAAGGAGAAAAAUGCUUGUGUCUACCUAGAUCUUGAUGGUACUUGGAAAACAACAUCCUGCAAUGAAAGCUACUUUUCAGUUUGUAAGACUUCAGAUGCUAUGGCUCCUACUGACCCUGCUCAGCUGCCUGGAGACUGCCCUGAAGCAUCUGAACUCCAAGCUUGGAUCCCUUACCGUGGCCACUGCUACUACCUUGAAGCAUCAACUGGAACAAGCUGGGCAGUGGCUUCCCUUGAGUGUACUCGGCUAGGUGCUACCUUGGUUUCAGUAGAAACCAUGGAUGAAUCUGACUUUCUGAUCCAUGCAAUGCAACCACUUGGAAAUAAAGUAGGAGGCUUCUGGAUAGGACUUUACCAAAAUGUGGAUGGUCAGUGGUUGUGGCUAGACAAUGCUAAACUGGACUUUGUCAACUGGGAGGACAAAGUUCCCUCUAUGGAGCAUCACUGCGUUGAAAUGACUGCACCAUCUGGCUAUUGGGACAACAUUGAUUGUUCUUUGGAAAAAGGAUUUAUCUGCAAAAAACCCACAGUUGAGCCAAGUGGAAGCCCUCUAAAACAAAAAGGCAAGGAAGAGAAUGAAGAGACUCACCCGCCUGUUAAUCUCUCUCUUUGGCCACUCAUUUUCUUGGCUAUUCUCACUCUUUUUGGAGCUGGCAUGUCAGUCUAUUUCUACAAGAGAAAAAAACAAAACCUACAAACAGAUUCUGACAAUGAAACACUUCCCUAAUGUUGUGUUGUAGUAAUGUAAUGUUGUUAUAAUGUAAUGUGCCCUGUAGGAUGUAUGACUUCAGAGGAACAAGUUACUUGCUGAAAUUAAAAGAUGUCUCUCUUAAAACU